UUCUGCCUCCUUGCAUUCUCUCACAUUCCAAUGACUCCAUGAGACAGAAAUAACCUCCUGCGAAGACACUUUUCUGUUCAUUGAACCGUUUUGCAUCGAUCCGGACCGGGAAGGAUUUGGGAUUGCACAUUUCGAGUCGUUUUCACUCCUUUUUUCUAUUCCUUUUUUUUUGCACUGGCCAUCCAAGUACUUUAGCGUUUCGUUGUUUUUUUUUGAUAUUCGGGAUUAUAUAUGUUUUAGGCGUUCUAUUUUGACGUAUUUAUUUUUUGUAUAGCCUUGCGAAAAGUUUUCCGUUGCCUUUGCACGUCGUUUUAUUUUUUCCUGACCAAAGUCGCGGGUUCUUUUUUUUUUUAGUAGCAGAUAUAAUAUAAUAAAGUAUCUAAAAUGACAGGUGUGACUUCUUUGGACGCAGUGAAGAGAAAGAUCCAGACUUUGCAGCAGCAGGCGGAUGACGCAGAAGAUCGAGCGCUGGUGCUGCAGCGCGAGCUGGACAAUGAGCGCGAGCUCCGGGAGAAAGCUGAGGGUGAUGUGGCGGCCCUGAACCGCAGGAUUCAGCUGGUGGAGGAGGAACUGGAUCGGGCUCAGGAGAGGCUGGCAACCGCACUGCAGAAACUGGAAGAGGCGGAGAAAGCAGCAGACGAGAGCGAGAGAGGCAUGAAGGUAAUCGAGAACCGUGCCAUGAAGGACGAGGAGAAGAUGGAGAUCCAGGAGAUGCAGCUGAAGGAGGCCAAACACAUCGCUGAGGAGGCCGACCGCAAAUACGAAGAGGUGGCCCGUAAACUGGUGAUUCUCGAGGGGGAGCUGGAGCGAGCCGAGGAGAGAGCCGAAGUCGCUGAAUGCAAAGCUAGUGAUUUAGAGGAGGAAUUGAAGAACGUUACCAACAACCUUAAAUCCCUAGAGGCUCAGGCAGAGAAAUACUCAGAAAAAGAAGACAAGUAUGAAGAGGAAAUUAAAGUUCUUAGUGACAAGCUGAAGGAGGCUGAGACCCGCGCAGAGUUUGCAGAGAGGACAGUGGCCAAACUGGAAAAAUCCAUCGAUGACCUGGAAGAAAAAUUAUCUUCUGCAAAGGAAGAAAACCUCGGAAUGCACCAAGUGCUGGAUCAGACGCUUCAGGAGCUGAACAGCUUAUAAGAGAGACGAUGAGAGAGAGAGAGAGCGACGUCCAUCUUUUACAACAUUCCACAAAUACUCUCCUUCGUUAAAAAAAACCUCGCAAGCUAUUGAGCCCUAUUUCCUCACAGAAUAGGCUGAUAAUUUUUUUUUUUUUUUUUUUUUUUUUUUUUUUUUAAAUCUGAGGUAUUCCUUUCGCGCUUUUACCCAAGUCGGCUCGAUAUCGCUACUUCCAAAAAAUAGCCAAACAACCUGCUUGGUGCUAUUUCUGAAUUUUUCCCGCCAAAUACAUUCCAAGAAGUUUAAAAAAUGCCGUUCCAUACGGAAAGUGGAUAUGUUAACGCGCUAUUAUUGUGCGUGCCCGUCAAACGAAGGCGUUGAGGAUGGCGCUUUGAUUUCAGUGUUGCUCGGGCACGUCGCGCGCUCCCUCUGCCGGCCACGUGGUGCACUGCGGCACAUCACUCCAUUGAUAGUCGCCGUGCUGUUCUUUAAAAGCACAGAUUUCAUUGAACCACCUCAAAACGGGCACCAAACAAAGACCAAAGAAAUAUUAGCUUUUCCCUAGUAAUUUCUGUGAACGCGUUGUUGCUCCCCCCCCCCUUUUUAAUGCCUCAAAUGUUUCUUUUUCCACUCUCUGUGUAAUAAAUUUUUAUAAAAAGUC